CCGUUGCCGGGUGCGGCGGUGCCGCCAUGGCCGCGGCGGGGCCGGCGCUGCCGGGUGGGUUCGGACAGCGCCGGGACCGGCACCUCCCUGCCCGGACCGGCCUCUCCUGCUCCGGCAGAGCAGCCGGGACACCCCGGGUUACCCCUCAGCAGCCCGGGUCAUGUCAUCCCUCGGCUGAGCGCGGCGCGCCCGGCUGCCCGGAGUCUGUGUCUCUCCUUAAGGCUUUUGAGAUCCCUGCCCCGUUAAAGCACCUGUGCCAUGUGUGAGGAAACAUCGUUACUUAAGCGGAGAAUCUCAGUCCUGAAGUUUAUUGUCACUGCUUUGUGAGAUUCAGGAGGACCUUCAGAAGCUUAAAAUGGAAAAAACCAACUUGAAAGGAAAUGCAGAAGCUGUGGAUAUUUGUGACCCCAGAAAAGCCACUGAAAGGACUGAACUUGGGCUGAGAAAACAUGCUGAAAAUUAUUUCAAUGUUACAAAUGGCCAAGAGUUAACUCUUUCCUCAGCUGGUAAUAAAGAAGUAAAUUCCAAAGAGCCCCCUAAGUGCUCUCUGCCUGUUUCUCUGCCCACCAGGAAUCCUCCUUUUGGUGCCUGUCAGCAGCAGCUGGUUCUGCCCCGAGUGGAGCCCGUGGCUGUGCAGAGGUGCAGCAGAUCAGCCCCACGUGUGUGCCAGUGCCCUCAGCAGGUGGAAAUGGAUUUUAAAAUUAUGCUUGACCCAGAGAGCGUGGAGAAUAAAGCUGGUUUAAAACAUCCCAACGAUGACACCAGGCUGCCACUUAUAGCUAAGAAAAAAUCUGCUCCUGUGUGCAGUCAGAGGACAGGGAAGGAUCCCACAGUCACCAGCCCCUGGGCUUUGCCUGCCUCCCUCUCCCUGGGCUCUCCCCUAGCCCUGGUAGAAGAGGACACCCCAAAAGGUGCCCUGAGCCUCACUGGCCAGAGGCUCAUCCUUCCAGCAGCACAGAGAGCUCUGCCAGCCCCUCCUGCUGUGCCCAGAGCAGCUCCUUUCCCUCAAUUCCCCAGGCAGCACAAGAAAGCAGCUCCAGGAGAGAUCAGUAGCAGGCUGGACCCUGGGAACACAGACACCAUCACCUUCCCAAAGCCAAAGGAAGCAAUUCAUGGCACAUAUUCCUCUAGUAAAGGGAGCAUUGCACCACUCCCAUCCAGCAAUCCCAUGGUUUCAACAAGGAAAUCAAGGCCAGCAUGGAGGUGUCCAGCUCAGCAGUUGGAAUCUGAGGUGCACAUUCCCCCUCAGACACAGCCCCCACAAACAGCUCAGCCUUUCCAGGAUCCCUGCUUGGACUGGGACAUUGCUGUUCACCAGAAAGCUCCUGGUGUUCUGGCCCUCCAACACCUCCAUCAUUCCUCCUGGGGGAGCAUUGGGGGGUUUUUGGAGCCCGCAGAAAAGCUCCUCAAAGACCACUCUGUCCCCUUGGCCACCAUCAACAGCCAAAGGUUGGCACACAUCACCUCGGACUUGGAUUUCAAAGAGAAUCCCACCCAGAGUGACGUUUUGUCAGUGCUGAAGGAUCAGUCAGCUGUGGAGGAGAUCCCGAGCCGAGCUGGCCGGCGCUGCAGGGGCCGGGGGGGCAGCGCAGGGGCUGCUGCAGGGAGGCAGAGGGGGGGUCCCAGCCCCGUGCCAGGCUCGGGGCAGCAGCAGCACUGGGCAGCAGGUGUGAUCAGCUCUUCCUGGCGCUCCUGGAAUCACCUGGCAGGGCUGAGGAACGCCCUGAGGGAAGCACGCCGCAGACACCUGGAGAAUUUCUACAGCAGGGCCAAGCAUCUGGCAGCCAACUGGAAUCGCAUCAGGACCUCCAGGAGGACUAUUAUCCAUAUCCCAUCAUUAGGAUAUUCCCAACACAUCCGUGAGCACAUCCCUGACCUUGCUCUCCAGCAGAACCUGCAGAUGGGGAGGCUCUGUGACAUCCUGGAUGCCAACGUGGACGUCAUCUACAUCUGCCCCCUUGCUCUGAGUGAGGAGCUACUGCAGUAUUACAAUAAACUCCUGGGUCUGCAGGCAGCUGUUAGAUCUGGGAACCCUGAGGACAUGGCUGACCUGCAGGACAGGUUCAAAAUUCUCACCCCUGAAGCUAUAAACAGCUUCCCUGAGCAUCACAUGUGCCUGGCCACUGUGCUCAAGUACAGCCCCAGGACAAUGCAGAGGCUGCAGGUUCUGCUCCAGGGCAGGGAUGCCUACAUGGUUGGGGGUGUUCCCCACCUGGAUGAUUUGGCUGUGGCUGACCAGCUCCAGGUGCCACUGCUGGGCUCAGAGCCAGCAGUGGCUCAGCUCUACAGCACCAAGUCUGGCAGCAAGAGAAUCUUUGCCAGUGCUGGAGUGCCAACCCCUCCUGGAGAGUGGGACAUCCACAGCAGGGAGCAGCUGCUCCGUGCCCUCAGCCAGCUCAUCCUGGACAACCUGGAGGUGCAGCGCUGGCUCUUCAAGGUGGAUGAUGAGCGUGCAGGAGAUGGCACUGCCUUCUGUGAUGUCACUUCCCACCUGGAAUGCUACCCCUGGAUCCAGAGGGAGCAGCAGGGACACGGCCCCGAGGUGUGGAGUGAGAGCCAGGCUCGUGAGCUAGCUUUGGUGAAGAUCUCCCAGGAGCUGCCGGGCCUUUUAGCACAGCACGUACAGCCAGUCAAUGAGAAACGAUUCCCUACAUGGGAAAAAUUCCUCCAAACAUUUCUUACUCAAGGUGGGGUGAUCGAAGCCUUCCCGUCCUCGGGCAGCGUCACCAACCUGACCGUGGAUCUGCUGAUCGAGCCCACGGGGGAGGUGACACUGCUGGCAUCUGGAGAUCAGCUCCACGCUGAGGGGCCCCUCAGAUCUUCUGGCACCACCAUCCCACAGCGUUCCGUGGAUCCUGAGGCUCUCCAAGCUCUCUGCCUGAAAGUUGGGGAGGCCUGUAAAUCCAGAGGAGUGCUCGGCUACUUCUCCGUGGACUUUGUGGCUUUCACCCAUCCCCAGACGGGGGAGCAGCAGGUGUGGGCAACAGACCUUGACCUUUGCUACAGUGACCAGCUGGCCCUGAGUCAGCUCCUGGUGUACCUGACAGAUGGAAAUCUGGAUCGUGGCUCCAGCAUCCUGCAAGCACCUCUGGGAGCAAAGGAGAGUAAAAGCCAACGGGUUCAGCACCAGGGGCCAAAACCUCCUGCCCCCAGCAGCCCCCGGUGUGCCGUGGCCAGCAGCCAGCUGAGGCACUCCAGCCUCUCAGGGAUCUCCUACAACCUUCUCCUCCACACGUGCAAAGCUCAUGGGAUCGGAUUUGACCUCCAGGAAAAGCAAGGAACAGUUUUUGUGUUGUAUGAAGACCAGAAGCGACACAGCCUGGGAAUGAUAACAAUCGGAGAGGAUCUCCAGGGGGUCCUCCUGACCUUUGCUCGCAAUCUCUUCAUCAUCCAUCAAGAAAUAUCAGCACCUAAUAUGCAAGGCGAGACCAAUUUUAAGAUGGCAAUUCGAGAUAUUGAAGCAAUUCUAGGAGUUACAGCAGAGAACAAACUGAGAUUGGAAGAAGAGCAACCUUGGGAAGCAGAUGCUCUGAAAGAAUAGUUAACAGAAAAUGUUCAAGUGCCUCAUUCCUUAUGCUUCUGGAAAUGCUUCCUCAUCUGUAAGAACAGGUUUGGUUUUCCUUCUGAGCUGGUGUGUGAAGUAACAUGAACUGAGACAGAAAAUCUCUGUGGCACUGGGAACAUCCCACCUUUCUGGCUGGAAAGCACAGGAUCAUCCUAAUGCUUCUCAUGUCCCUGUGGUCAUUCCUGGAGUUCAGCAUGUGGCUUAAAAAUCUUAUUGAUGGGGUUGUGCUGCCUUUGUCACUGACUCCGAGCAGGAGCAGCAGAUCCACUGAAAAGAGCCCUGGGAACUCAAAUUCCCUUUCCAACAGGCUGAAAUACUGAAAGGAAAGGAGUCCAGAGGCCACCAGGAUGAGCAGAGGGAUGGAGCAGCUCUGCUGGCAGGAAAGGCUGGCACAGCUGGGAUUGUUCAGAGUGUUCACCUGGACAGGAGAAGCUUUGGGGUGAGCUCACUGUGCCCCUGAAGGGGCUACAGGAAAGACAGACAGAGCACUCAGGGGGACCUGGGGUGCCAGGACAAGGAGGAAUGGCUUCAAACUGAAGGAGAUUGGGUUAGCUGAGAUGUUAGGAAGGAAUCCUUCCCUGGGAGCGUGGGCAGGCCCUGGCACAGGGUGCCCAGAGCAGCUGGGGCUGCCCCUGGAUCCCUGGGAGUGUCCAAGGCCAGGCUGGAUGGGGCUUGGAGCAGCCUGGGAUGCUGGAAGGUGUACCUGCCCAUGGCAGGGGGGUUGGAUCUGGAUGAUUUUUAAGGUCCCUUCCAACCCAAACUAUUCCAUGGUUCUUUUGCCUAUAAAUGCCUUAAUUUAAACCCCACUUCAUCAGCCACCAGCCACCCACAUUCCUCUGCAGAGCCAUCUCUAUUGUUAUGCUGCUUUUUCUGUCAUCUAAAGAGUUUUGCAGCAGUUCUUUCGUGGUCAUUUUCAAAUUAUCAAAAAGAACAUUAAUAGCACUAAUUCAUCAAUAGAAUUCUACUUGCACUGUGAUUCCCAGAAUUCCACAACUUUUGCAGGUCUGUCCAUCUGUAUUUUGGACACUGGUGAGCCUUUUGGCCACAACUGCUGUGCACUGUUGUUAAAGGACAACUUUAUAUUUGUAACAUUAUCUGUAUCAAUCACAUCUUUAAUAUCCCAACAGACACAUUCCACAUUUUACUAGGGAAGAUCAGAUGUCACUGCAUGGAGACUGUUAUCCUAGGAAUGGCAAGUAUCCUUGGGAUUACUUCCCAAGAAGUUCAGGCAAAACCAGUUUUAACACAAAUACUAAACAAGACCAAACAGUUGCACGAGAUCAGCACCCAGUUGUCCUGAUAGCAAAUCUUUGAUCCCUCAGCAUGAGACAUUAUUUUCUGUGGAGUUUUUUCCUCUUCUACUUUAUCACAGAACUAAUUCACGGCAGAUGAAAACAUUUGCAUAAAUGCUGGUUACUGCUCCAAAUAAAAAUCCACAGGAGAAUUUCAAUUCCUGGUUUUAUUGUUGUUUUACAUCAGUGUGGGGCUGGGCUUGGAUAGCCCAGAGACUUUGCCAAGGUGGAAUUCAGCUGCACUUGAGCUGGUUUCCAAAGGGUUAAGGAAAAGGAAGCCUUGAUCCAAGCCAGAACAACAUAAGGUCUGAGAGGCUCAUUAGUUCACUGGCACUUGAUAGGCUGCAGUGUCCUAGGAGGAAAUGAAACCUGCACUUCCUCCUGCCUUUGUUCUGCCCUGACAAAAGAAAACUGUACCUGUUUUUGCAGGAAACAAGUGACCUGAAAGUUCCCGUGGUGAGAGAGAUUUCACAGCGUGUGCAAAGUGUGAAAUGUAUUUUGAGAGGGGGUAAAAAGUUUUUAAUUACUACUAACACUUCUGAGCCUUGAGCUGAUGGAAGGAUUGAAAACUGCUCUGCAGUCUCUCACAUUCAGCUCCCAUGCUGCUGGUGCCAAAAAUGUGGUUUUUUUAGCAAUGCUGCAGAUGUAAAAUUAAAUUAUAAUAUUGUUUAAAAGUCAGGAAUAUAAUUCUGUUCACACUACUGGAUUAUUUAUUCCCACUCAUUUAAAGAGUAAUAGAGUUGUUGAACUGUAGAUUGAAUUUCAGAACGUGAGCUGGAUGGGAAGAAAAACAGAACAAGUGUGAAGCAAAAGAUUAAAGGUGGCCCAAGUGUGGCUUCUCAUCAGAAACUGCCCCAAAAAAAUGCCAGAUUUGGGCAAAAGCUGGAGCUGGCUCCUCAGCUGCAGGGAGUGGAGGAAUGCUCAUAGAAGCAGGUGAGGGCCAGCAGGUUUGGCAGCAACUGCAGAGGAUGCAGACAGUUAAAAUAAGGAUUUGUGCUCCCCAGGAGUCAGAGCUGGAAAUGGAGAUGUUUGUUUAACUGGCAGCACUUGGUGGAUUUUGUUUCAGCCAGAAUUCAGUGUAGCACAGACCAGGUCAUUCUCCUGAAAGAGCUACCUGGAGUUGAUGAGACUGGAAACUGGGUCUCCUGUUUUAGGUGGUUGGGUUUAAAGCUCUGGAUAAAAGAAAUAAAAAAAGCUUGUAGCCCACAUUUCCACAUUUAGAAUGACAUCUCUUGAGCACAGAGCAAAAAAAAAGCAGUUUAUCAACAGAACCACUUCCAGAUAUCUUCUGAAAUGAAAUGUUCCCCCUCCCUCUUUCCUGGAAGAUCUCCAGUACCUCAAGAUAGGAGAAUUCACCGCCUUCUCUCUAGGUUAAGGUAACAAACCCCUGGAUUUUUGAGGCUAUCCUUAAAAAUUCAUAUCAAAUCCAUUUAACAACGGGAUCCUGUAGCUGUGAGGCACCCCCUGUUACAUUGUACAGAUCCUCUGUAUUUCAUUUUAGACUGCAGAUUUUGUUAUAUUGAUGAAGAGCAAAAGAUUAAGAACUACAAUCAUUGACAAUCUUCAUUAAUGUAAUUAAUGAAACACAACAGCAUUGUAUCUGUCACUCUUAAAGUUCAAUACUUUAUUUCAACCCUUCAGCACAGUACCACAUUCCGACUUUCCGAUCCUCAGCCACUAUUAAAGAAAGAUAUUAAAGCUAAA